AUGCCGAAUUACUACAACCUCGCAGGGCAGAGCCUUUCCUACCUGGCAAUAUGUGCAAACAAAAUUGAUAUCGCCCAGGAGCUGCUGUCUAUGAUGAGCCCGGGGCAGAUUCUUGAUCCUGCCUAUAUCGUACCUGGGUAUUGCCCAGAAAAAAUCUUUCAACUGGCCGCCGGCAAUCAAGAACUUUUCAAUACUUGCUGGGCAAAACUCGAGUCCGACCCAGAGCUAAACCUUUCGCAUACUCUUGAUCAAUGUCACCUUGUCUCUAUCUCUCAGUUUGCUACUGAUGAGUUGGCGGGCCGUAUGCUGGAUCGGGGAAUCAAUCUAGCAUCUACAAUGACAGACCGCGCCUUGUCAACCUGGAAUAGGGUCGCCUUAUAUCACCCCGACCCGGAGUCUCUAUUCAACUGGCUUUGGGAGCAUGAAUGCUGGCCACCGUGCAGUCAAGAUGGAAUGGACUCGCCACUAGUUGUUAGUGCUCGAUAUGAUCGAGUAAAGGAGACGAAUUGGCUAUUGUACCACAGCUGCGAUAAUAGCGAGCAAUGGAUCUGCGCUAUUGAGGCUGCAACCCGACAGACAGACCAAAGUAUAUCUACACUUGGAAUGGUCAUGAAGCGCAUCUCGCUAUCAGUUCCCAAACGCCCAGAAUUGGACUGGGUUAUCAAAAUUGCCGAUGAAGUUGUCCAGGGAGCUUACAAAUACGUCAGGGAGACUAAUCUUCAGGGAAUAGACGUCAUAGAGCGUCGUGCUAUCCAGAAGUUUGAUACGAUAAUCGAAGAAGUGAUCGGGAGGCCUUCUUUUUUUGUCCAUCAAGGCCCGAUCAUCAUCCACUCAUCCGAGCACCCAACCGAUUUGGGCACCGGUGCUGCCCACCCGUCUCGAAAUGGCGUAUCAGUUUUCCGAGCUCUUUCAAACAAUGGGGAGAAUAUAUCAGCGACCGUGAAGCUCUGUCCCAUGUCUCACCACUUUUCGAGCACCAAAUGCGAACGGCUAGGAGGCGCAACGGAGUCUUUUAACUUGCGAUCGAUUGAUAUUCUGUUCGUGCGAGGUGAACUUAAUAUAGAGAUAUCACUACCAGCUGGAGGCUCCCUGGUCUGGAAAGGGUUUUCGGAAGACCCAUGGGGGACGGAUGUACCAUCAGCAUCCGAGGCAUUUGCCUUCAUGAAGAUCUACUCCAAGCGAACCCCAUGGCGCGCUGGAUCUGCGCGCGCCCGGUAGAUUCCUAUCGAUUUAAAGUCAGGCAAGAAUGUGGAAAUUAGGAAAAUCAGCUCACUGGUGUAAGUUCCAUCCAUUAGUUGAUAUUUCAUUCUCAACCUAGACAAUGUUUGCGCCUGAUGUUUGAUGUUGGUAAAAUCACUGCCUCGUAUCAUCUCUAUAGUCCUGGCUUCUUCGGCUAAGGAUAGACGGCGAACAGACGGGAGCACUGGGAUAAGAAGAAGGGUAAUUCCGCUCCCUAGUUCUGAUUCAAAUCGCAUCAAUUUGCGUCCAUACUGGAGUGCCUUUUUGAUGUUAUGGUUGUCAGGUAAUCCCUCCUCUCGAAUGAACGUAGUCAUGGUUCCUAGGCGAUGAGAGCCCAAACAUGGUGUGGGCUCACUCCGUCCGGUUCGCUGGAGCCAGCUUUGCUCCCUGGUAGCCAAGUUGGUCCAAUAAUGGAUUUCUUGGAGCCGCUGUAUCCAGCAAUUUGUAUUCGCUCCCUCUUCUAUCAUGGCAGCGCGAGGCCAUCCCGGUCCCGCUGGACCUGCCAAGAUAAUAGGAGAGAGAUCAACCUGGAGAAACGAAAGGAACGAACUGAGUUGAGCUGAUAAAUCAGCCAAUAUACUUUCCGCCGUGAUAUGAGACAUAAUGG